UUUUACUUGUUUCCCAAGCAAAAUCCUGCGGCGCUGCCUGUUUUCUUUGAAAAACUCAUAAAAGGCGAGACAAAAAUCUGCACUAGGCUGUGUAGUUCUUAGGGUUUUCUUGUUCUUCAUCAGCUCAAGCCAGUACGGUUUUAUCAGGAAUGGACUCCCAAAAAGGUCAGUUUCAACCACAACCACCUUCUUCUAAUACAACCCCACCAAUAACUUCUUGUCGAAAAAAGAAGUCAGACGAUGCUACUUUCUUGGAAGAUUUAAAGGAUCAUAUUGAUGAGUUCAUUCAUGCAUCUAUGGAUGAACACAAAACCUGUUUUAAGAAGACCAUGAAAAAGAUGUUUGGAAUGUCAAAGAUCGUUGCAGAAAAGAGUUCAGAAGCAAAAGAAGUUGAAAGUAUUAUUCCCCUUCGGACAACUGUAGCUGACUAGAAUAUUUGACAUCCUUUUCUGAUCAGAACAGCAUGAACAUUAGCACUAGAGGAUUAGUCGCCGACUUGGUCCAAUACAUAUUUUGUUAUCAAUUUCUAUCUUGACUAUCUACUGGAGCUCUUUUUUCCUUUUUGGGUAAGCAAUUUACAUCAGAGUGAAUUUAUAAUAAUUGCCCGCUAUCA